AUGGAGUCAGCAGAAGGACGGAAUGAAACACCCAUCGUUGAAUUGAUUCUUAUAGGGUUUGGGAACGACCCUGAACUGCAGCCCCUCCUCUUCCUGCUGUUUCUGGUGAUCUACCUUGUAGCUCUGUCUGGGAACCUCCUCAUCAUUGUGCUAGUGGUGGCUGAUCGGCACCUUCACACUCCCAUGUACUAUUUUGUGGCCAACUUGUCCGCUGUAGAGAUCUGCUACGUCUCCACCACCCUGCCCAGGCUGCUGGCCAGUCUGGCGACUGGGGACAGAACCAUUUCUCUGCACAACUGCUACGUGCAAUUCUAUUUCUAUAUUAUCCUCUCCAAUGCAGAAUGGCUGCUGCUCACGGCCAUGUGCUACGAUCGGUAUCUAGCGAUCUGCCAUCCCCUCCGCUACACCACUUUGAUGACCGGGAGAGUCUGUUGCCACAUGGUGGCCUGGGCCUGGAUAUACAGCAUUUCCUACUGCAUCAUGCUGCACGUUUUCAUGCUGCAAUUAGUAUAUUGUGGUCCCAAAGACAUUGACCAUUUCUUUUGUGAUUUUGCACCUGUUAAAGAUCCGUUCUGUGCUGACACCAAUAUUUUGCAACUGCAGACUUUUUAUUUCUCUGUCAUAUUAACUAUUGGGGUCUUUCUGCUGACUUUGAUGUCCUACAUUUGCAUCAUCGCCAGCAUCCUGAGAAUCCCUUCCGGCACCGGCAGGCAAAAGGCCUUUUCCACCUGCUCCUCCCACCUCAUUGUGGUGACACUUUACUAUGUGAGUGUAAUGACAGUCUAUAUUGUUACAAAUUUCAGCCCUCCUGCUAUUGUGUACAAGAUAAUGUCUGUCUGGUUCGCAGUCCUGAUCCCCGUGCUCAACCCUGUCCUUUACUGCCUGAGAAACAAGGAGGUCCAUCAGGCCCUGAGAAAAGCUCUUCAGAAACUGGCUGCUCUCAGAUAA